UUUAAUAUUGAACAACUUUAAAUAAAUAUUUUAAAUAAAUAUUCAAAUAUUGAGCCGUUUAAAAAAAAACGUUAUGAAGUACGAAACAUCUUUACUGUAUGUCUUAUCAAGAAAGCAAUUAUAACUACGUUUUAAGAAAUAUGCGAACGCCUUAUCUGUAAUUGAUGAAAAUUACAAAAGUACAAAGUAAGGAAAAGAAGAAGAGAUGGAAAAAAACGUUUGUAGAUUCCACCACUAAUAAUCGUAGUGUCAGCUUGUCUCUAUCGUCAAAUGCCUUGACGUCGGAUCCUUCGCUCAAUAUCUUUUAUUAUUCAGCAAUGAAUUUUCGUUUUUGCCUGGUUGCGUCCAUUUUGAUCCUUGAUGUGAUCUCCAUUCGGUCCACCGCUUGCAAUACGACAAAGGAAACAAAAAUUGUAAUUGUUGGAGCGGGUGCAGCUGGCAUUGCUGCUGCCUCGAGGCUGUCGCAGAGAGGAGUGAAUGAUUUUGUGAUACUGGAGGCCAACGAUAGAAUCGGUGGCAGAAUAUAUACCAAAGAUUUUGGUGAAAAUGUGGUAGAUCUCGGAGCUCAAUGGGUCCAUGGACAAAUUGGAAACGUGGUGUUCGAACUUGCCUCCAAACAUAAUCUGCUGAGUUCAUUCGCAGUUCAGCGAGAUUUCAGCAAACAGGAAUUUGUCACUAUUAAUGGUGAAAUAAUGCCCCGCGAGGAUAACAUCAAAAUUCUAACAAUUUUUGAAAAUAUCCUCGAUAAAUUAAAUCAGACAGAAUUCAAAGAGGAAAGAAAAUCUUUAGGAGAUAACUUCAUACGAGAAUAUUAUAAAAUUUUUAAUGAAACUUUUGAUGGAAAACCUUUUAUUAUGAAUCGUUCUCGAGCUGAUGAAUAUCUAUCUUGGGCGGAAAAGUGGCAAAACUCUGAAGAUGGCAGCGACACAUGGUUUGACGUUUCUGCGAAGCGUUGGACAGAAUAUUGGGAUUGCGAGGGCGAUCAAUUGUUAGGUUGGAAGGAGCGUGGUUAUAGAACAAUUUUUGAUCUGCUAUUGCAAAAGAUUCCGAAUGUAGAGGAAUGUUUGCCAGUGAUGGAAAAGAUAGAGUUCGGAAAAAUUGUGGCAACUAUCAAUUAUAGUUCAGGCGAGAAUGUGACGGUAAUUACCAGGGACGGCUGCAAGUAUUCGGCAUUGCAUGUUAUAUUCACUGGAUCUCUAGGUGUUCUAAAGGAGAAACAUGCCUCGAUAUUCGUACCAUCUUUGUCGCAGAAGAAACAACGUGCAAUAGAGGGAUUAAGUAUUGGAACGGUGAACAAAGUUUAUCUUGAAUAUCCGCAUAGAUGCGCUGGAGAAGCUACACAUGAUCAUUAUUAUUCCACUGUGCAUGGUGCCGUGGAAACUGGUUUCCGCGAAGCGGACAGACUGAUCGAUUUUGAAAGGCAAUUAAAUUCCCACCUUUAACUACGGUUUCUUACACCUGCGUCCUUAUAAUGAACGGAUUAUGGAAAACCAGAAAUAUGUUUGCAAUUUUCAAUGUUUGCAACAAGCGAACAGGAGAAUAUAUAUUUAAGAUAUAACUAUUAGGUACUUGU